ACGCGCCAUCGACCAAUGAGCGAUCUCAUUGGAUCAGAUAUCACUAUAACAGGAGGACUUAACCCGACAGGGAGGUUUGCAGAACCUGACGGCCAGUCUCCGCCAAGUGGAAAAUCACUUCCUUCAGCUCUUUUCAGGUCCCCUCUCACCAUGUCUGACACCGAGGACGUUGAUCAAUACGAGGAAUACGAAGGGGAAGAUGAGAAGCCAAAGUUCAAGCCAAGUGCACCUAAGAUCCCAGAUGGGGAAAAAGUAGACUUUGAUGACAUCCAGAAGAAACGUCAGAACAAGGACCUCAUUGAGCUGCAGGCCCUAAUCGAUGCUCACUUUGAACACAGGAAAAAGGAGGAGGAGGAGCUGAUAGCACUAAAAGACAGAAUUGAGAAGCGUAGAUCUGAAAGGGCGGAGGAAGUGAGGGUCAGAACUGAGAAGGACAGGGAGCGCCAGGCCAGGCGUGAGGAGGAGAGGCUGAAGAGAGAGGAAGCAGAAGUCAGGAAGAAAGCAGAUGAGGAUGCCAAGAAAAAGUCAGCCCUGUCAAACAUAGGUUCAUCCUACAGCAGCUUUUUGCAGAAGGCUGACCAGAAGAGAGGCGGGAAGAAGCAGACGGAGAGAGAAAAGAAGAAGAAAAUUCUGGCAGAGAGACGCAAGCCUCUCAACAUUGACCACUUGAGUGAAGACAAACUGAGGGACAAGGCCAAGGAACUGUGGGAUUGGAUGCAGACCCUCGAGUCUGAUAAGUUUGACCAUAUGGAGAAGCUGAAGAGGCAGAAGUAUGAGGUCAUCUCUCUCAGAAACCGCAUUGACGAGCUGCAGAAGCACAGCAAGAAGGGAGCCGCCGCCCGCCGCAGGAAGUAAAGAACCCCCCUGUGAGGCCCCACACCCAGCAUGCCCCUCUCUUGUGGCCCGGACCAUGGACCGCUCCUAUAGGGGACCCCCUACUGCCACAGCAAUCCAGACCACACCUACACAAUCGGCACAAACACGACACACACUCCAAGUCUUCCCGCACGGUAAAAAAGCUUUUUGCUGCUGUUAUAGAAAUAGCUCCCACUGUGCCCCGACUGUGCCCACUCACUCUGGACUGCUGUCUGGUUAAAAGUAUUUUUUUUUUGUAAAUAAAGCAUAACCCUUCAACAAAGUCUGUAUGUCUGUUUGCCCAUAAGCAGGUGUGCAAUUUUUGCUCAGAAGAUGGCACCCCCCCUCAGAAGUUAGCAUGGUGGGGGGAAGGGGGGCUUGCUAGCCGUUACAUUUGCCUUAGAAGAUGGCACCCUAUGUCCGCCUAUGUCGCCUAAUGGGUUGACCAGCCCUGCUCGGAUUAAGUGAUUAUUGUAAUGCAUAUGAUCGGCCACAUGGCUUUCAAUGGGUCUGCAUUUGAUACCAGAUUCAGUGACACCAAACAAAAAUGUGCCAACUCAACAUGCCAAUGUGAAGGUGCUGAUGAUAACACCAGGCACUAUUUCCAGGACCGGUAUAAGAAAUUAAAAUUGAGGCUAGUUUAUUAAAAAAAAAAAAAAAAAAAAAA